UUCCUUAGGGCGGUGGAAAACCCGCAGACAGCCACGACGAUGCCCCUCAACGUGAGCUUCGCCAACAGGAACUAUGACCUCGACUACGACUCUGUGCAGCCCUAUUUCAUCUGCGACGAAGAAGAGAAUUUCUAUCACCAGCAGCAGCAAAGCGAGCUGCAGCCGCCUGCGCCCAGUGAGGAUAUCUGGAAGAAAUUCGAGCUGCUGCCCACCCCGCCUCUGUCCCCCAGCCGCCGCUCCGGGCUCUGUUCUCCAUCCUACGUUACGGUCGCUGCGUCCUUCUCCCCAAAGGAGGAUGACGACGGUGGCGGCGGCAACUUCUCCACCGCCGAUCAGCUGGAGAUGGUGACGGAGCUACUUGGAGGAGACAUGGUGAACCAGAGUUUCAUCUGCGAUCCUGACGACGAGACCUUCAUCAAGAACAUCAUCAUCCAGGACUGUAUGUGGAGCGGCUUCUCCGCCGCUGCCAAGCUGGUCUCGGAGAAGCUGGCUUCCUACCAGGCUGCGCGCAAAGAUAGCGCCAGCCCGAGCCCCGCCCGCGGGCACAGCGUCUGCUCCACCUCCAGCCUGUACCUGCAGGACCUCACCGCUGCCGCGUCUGAGUGCAUCGACCCCUCGGUGGUCUUCCCCUACCCGCUCAACGACAGCAGCUCGUCUAAGUCCUGUACCUCGUCCGAUUCCACGGCCUUCUCUCCUUCCUCCGACUCUCUGCUGUCCUCGGAGUCCUCCCCACGGGCCAGCCCUGAGCCCCUAGUGCUGCAUGAGGAGACACCGCCCACCACCAGCAGCGACUCCGAAGAAGAACAAGAGGAUGAGGAGGAAAUCGAUGUGGUGUCUGUGGAAAAGAGGCAGCCCCCUGCCAGGAGGUCCGAGUCAGGGUCAUCCCCAUCGGGAGGCCACAGCAAACCUCCCCACAGCCCACUGGUCCUCAAGAGGUGCCAUGUCUCCAUUCAUCAGCACAAUUACGCAGCACCGCCCUCCACGAGGAAGGACUAUCCAGCUGCCAAGAGGGCCAAGUUGGACAGUGGCAGGGUCCUGAAACAGAUCAGCAACAACCGCAAAUGUACCAGCCCCAGGUCCUCAGACACAGAGGAAAACGACAAGAGGCGGACACACAACGUCUUGGAACGUCAGAGGAGAAACGAGCUGAAGCGCAGCUUUUUUGCCCUGCGUGACCAGAUCCCUGAGUUGGAAAACAAUGAAAAGGCCCCUAAGGUAGUUAUCCUCAAAAAAGCCACCGCCUACAUCCUGUCCAUCCAAGCGGAAGAGCACAAGCUCACCUCAGAAAAGGACAUACUGAGGAAGCGGCGAGAACAGUUGAAACACAAACUCGAACAGCUUCGAAAUUCUGGUGCAUGAACUGGCCUAUGGCGAGGAGGAGCUGGAAUCUCUCGUGAAUGCUCACUCCUUACUCAGGGAAGAGUAAGGAGAACGGUUCCUUCUGAGAGAACUGAUGCGCUGGACUUCAAAUGCAUGCUCAAAGCCUAACCUCACAACCUUGGCUGGGGGCUUUGGGACUCUAAGCUUCAGCCAUAAUGUUAACUGCCUCAAACUUUAGGCAUAAAAGAACUUUUUUUUAUGCUUCCCAUCUUUUUUCUUUUCCUUUAACAGAUUUGUAUUUAAUUGUUUUUAAGAAAAAAGAAAUCUUAAAGUUUACCCAGUUUUCCAAUGUAAAUAGAACCCUUAAAUGUAAAUAACUUUAAUAAAACGUUUAUAACAGUUAUACAAGAUUUUAAGACAUGUAUUAUAAACCAUAAUUUUUUUUAUUUAAAUACAUUUUCAUUUUUAAAGUUGAUUUUUUUCUAUUGUUUUUAGAAAAAAAUAAAAUAAUUGGAAAAAAUAUAAUUGAGCUAACUCUUAA